UCUUUGAUCUACAAUAUGUCUCUACUGGAAGAUGUAACCCUUAGAUCCCCUCAGAGCAAAAACAUCGUCUAUCUUGAAUACGAUCACUCAAAUUUGCCGCCCUCCUCCCCCGGCUAUACUCGUUUUGUGUGUAUCAGCGAUACACAUACGAGGCGUUUUCCUGUCCCGGACGGAGAUGUCCUGUUACAUAGCGGAGAUUUGACGAAUACCGGUACCUUGCAAGAAUUUGAAAGGACCAUGAAUUGGAUUUAUGAGCUUCCUCACAAGGUGAAAAUAAUUAUCGCAGGGAAUCAUGACCUCCCUUUGCAUGAUGAUUGGUAUGAGUUAAAUCAUCAGAGAUGGUCAUAUUCUGGGCAUGCGAAGCCACAGAAUCGUGAACGUAUUCUCGAAUUACUGAAAGGAAAGAAAGCUCAAGAAGCUAACGUCGUUUAUCUACAAGACGAGAGUCACUUUUUUCAAGCCAAAGAAGGCGGAAGAUUAUGGUCUGUAUAUGGCUCUCCUUGGUCACCGGAGUUUUAUAAUUGGGCUUUUGGAUACACGGCUGCUGAAGGACCUUCGUUGAUUUCCAAGUUUCAUAAAACUGACAUUCUACUUACUCAUGGUCCUCCUCGCGACAUCUUCGAUCGCACGAAUAGCGGUGACUUACCUGGCUGUCCUACUCUUGCCGCUGCUCUUCCUCAUCUUCGCCCUCGAUUACAUCUCUUCGGUCACAUUCACGAGGCGCAUGGAGCACAUGUUCAUUCAUGGUCUAAAGGCAACGUCGGAAGCGUACAAAAUUCAGCGCAAACGCAAGCAGAUGAGCCCAUGGUCGAGGACGACGAAGAUGACGACGAUGUCACAGUGUUCGUCAACGCUGCGAAUUGGCCGAUGGGGCAACGCAAGCUCGAAUACCAGACCAAGGCAUUCGGUAGACCCGGUUUCAGACCUGUUGUAGUCGAUAUGCUAGAAUAAGAAUCUCGAGGUAUCCUCUGGGCUAAUUAAUGGCAUACUUGAAGCUAUGAGUCUUACCAAUCUUGCCUAAAUACCGUCCAAUGUGGUGUAG